AUGACGAGCGAAAAGACGCUCUUCAGUCGGUUCUCGAAGCUCAUCGGGCAGCCUGUGCGCGUGCAGGUGCAAGAUGGUACAGCGACGGCUGGCGUACUGUAUUGCAUCGACCCCGAGACGGACGACGUAGCGCUUCUGGUCUCUUCGGGGCACGUCGUCUCGGAUUACAGCGUCAAGAUCGUGCUGGCUCAUGAUGUCCGAGGCAUACGGAAGGAAGAGCUGGACGAAAGCUGUGGCUUGCCCACACUAGCGUCUCUUAAAAGGGAAGUGGCAAACGAGAACGAUCGUGACGGUCAAAGAGACGCCGCGGUCUCUCGGCAGCAGCGCCGUGAAGAGCUUAUUCAGUUCCUGACUGAUAAAUACGUGCCGUUUGAGGUUGCACAAGACGGCAGUGUCCGCGUGUUUGGAGGAGCUGCAACGUUGCGAGAACCUUUUCGCACGGUCGAGUGCGGGAACGAGCAGUUACUACGGCAACUGCAGAAGCUUUUGGACGGCUUCGGCCAGCUACAUCCGUAA